UCGACGAUAAUUCCCCGCUUUUACGUACGCGACUAAAACCGUACUUUUAUUUUCGUAGUAGCUGUAAUUUCUAUUGCGUCGCCGGUUUGACGUCCGCGAUUAGAAUUUCCCGCCCACGACAGCAAUCUGUUGCGCUACGGCCCGCGCAGCCGCGUCGAGGCAUCACCGCGCGGCGGCUGUUUUGAAACAAAUGGCUUUGUUUUUGUUAAUGAAAAGAUAACAUAAGUUGUCGAUUAAAUUUUAAAUAUACUCGCUUGUCCACGUUUCUUCAAGUUUAUCGUUAUCAAGUGAAAGUAAAGGAUAAGUAGAUCAGCAGUCUGGUGGCGUCGCGCGGCGAGGCAUCCGGCGGGGCUGCCGUCCAACGGGUCGGAGCCGCCGUCUGUUGCGCCGUCGAACGGUUCGUGGCCGUCGGCGAGACCAUCGCCGAUGACAACCCCGACGUGCGACACAGCAUGGUGCUCGCCUGCAAGGAGGCACGAGCCGCAGGUCGCGCAAUCGAGCGCGUGUGCGCAGGAGCAGACGGCGCGGGCAUGGUGUCGGCGGCGCGCGCGCUCCUCGCCGCAGUUACCAGGGUGCUACUACUCGCCGACAUGGUCGUCGUACGACAGUUGCUACUGGCUAAAGAUAAGGUUGCGCGUUCCUUGGACCGGUUGGAGUCGGUGUCGAACUUCGCGGAGUUCGUGCGCGCGUUCACGGAGUUUGGGGGCGGCAUGGUGGAGCUAGCGAGGCUGACGGCGGAGAGGCGAGCAGACCUCCGGGACGAGAGGAGAAGAGCACAAGUAGCUGCUGCCAGAAACGUCCUCGAACGAUCCACACUGAUGCUACUCACUUCCUCGAAGACGUGUAUGAGGCAUCCAACGAGCGCAUCGGCACGCGAGAACCGAGACACGGUGUUCUGUCAGAUGCGACGAGCCAUGGAUCUCAUCCACUAUGUCGUGAGGGACGGCCUGCCCGGUCACGAGGAACAAUCCCAUGAGAUGAAACCUUUCUCGGAUAGUCAUGAACAGGCUGCGCAAUGGGAAGCGGGCACGGCUCUGGGCGCGCUGCGAGGUCUAACGGGGCAGGUGAGAACAGCGCGCGCGCGCGGCGGCGCCGACAUCACGCGCCGACGCUCGCUCGCCUCCACGCUGCGCGCGCUCGUCGAGCGCACGCACGAUUUUACAGACUCCGCAUAUACCUCGCAUGAACAUAGACAACGGAUACUUGCCCUCGCUGAAAGAAUAGCUUACGAAUUGGAGAGACUAGUAGCCGUCGCCGUUUCACUGGAAGAGCAAGGCUCCAGUGGUACUGCGACGGCACUCGAGAGUGCUUGCACGGGCGCGACCAGCGCCGCAUCGGAGCUUGAACGCGCGCUAGUUGCUGCAGCGCGCGAUCAAGCGCGAGAUCUCGCCCCCCUCGCGGACGAAGCGAAGAGACUCGCCUCCGACCUAGCAUAUAUAGGUAAACAAGCAGCUAGUUCCUGUGGUGAGAGAGAAUCAGAGAGACUGCACAAUAUAGCCAGCCGGCUCCAUGAACAAUUAGAUCACAUUAUAGAGGUUUGCAAAUUAUUAAGGCAUAUAGCCUUAUCGGAAACUUUGCAAGUGAGUGCAAAGUUUGCAGAAAUAAAUCUUAGGAUAUACGGUCCGCAAGUGGUGACGGCUGCGCGGACGCUGGCGGCGCACCCGGGCAGUGCGGCGGCGCGGGAGAACCUCGACGUGUUCGUGGACAUGUGGGCGUGGCUGCUGGCCGACGCAGCUCGCCUGGCGCGCGAGCUCCUCGACCUCACCGAUGACAGACCCGACAAACAGCAGUAUAGCAGUUUACCGAGGCCUGGGAAACACGGGACUACAAGCAAGCCUCUAAAAGCAGUAAGAUUGGAUUCUGACGAGCAAGCAAAAAUAGCAAAAUCAGGUUUAGAAAUGAAAAUGAUGUCCUCUGAAAUGGAUGCCGAGACUGAAAAAUGGCAGGGAGCAGCUGCCGACGAGAACAACGACAUUGUGAAGAGGGCAAAAAAUAUGUCUUCCAUGGCCUUCGCUAUGUACCAAUUCACAAAAGGUGAAGGCCGUCUAAACACUACUCAAGACCUCUUCACACAAGCGGAAUAUUUCGCGGAGGAAGCCAAUAGACUUUAUAAAAUAGUGCGACAAUUUUCUUAUCAGGUGCCUGCGGGAGCAACAAAAAAAGAACUGCUAGAGCACCUCGAUAAGGUGCCGACGUACGUGCAACAGCUACAGUUCACGGUGAAGGAGCCGACGGUGGGCCGCGCAGCCACCUUCAGCAAAGUAGACAACGUUAUACAGGAGACCAAACAUCUCAUGAACGUUAUUAGUAAAGUCGUCACUACAUGUUUCGACUGCGCCAACAAGGGUCUUAUUCCGCUGGACAAAGCGAUAAACAAAUCUUCAGCACAGACGAGGGACGACUCGUACAACCUGGACUUCACGGGUCUCACGGCGGGCGGUGCAAGCGCGGGCGGGCGCGGCACGGCACGGGACGAGGACGCAGGCGGAGGAGUCGGCGGCGACGCCAAGCCGGGGGGGAGUAGCUCGGAUACAGCCAUGUGACAGUACGGCAUGGGCCGGCGCGGCAAGGGCGACGCGCGCCGGACCAGGGUCAGCUUCCUCUUGUUUUAAAGACUUAAACGUCUUGGAACAACUCGUCGCCUGAGGUCGGAAGAACCGGCAACGUGCUGAUAUACAUAAAACUGUGCUUCAAUGCCUAAUUAAAAUGGACGGGCUGGAUGUAUCAAGUAAGCUUUGAUUAAAUAACGGUUUGAGUGUUUGCUCAUAGCAGCUUAACAGCUGUUUAUGAACAGGAAUGUAUGUUGAAAUUAGAAAGGUAUACUAAAAGAAAGAAAAUGUAAAGAAGUCAGAAUAAAUGUGGGAUUAAAUGAGGCGUAUACACAACGAACGGCAUUUCGUGCAGCUUUAUGGAUGUCCAGCACGGCGCCGGCACUGGGGACCACAUGCACUGAUGUGUAACUGCGACACAAUGCCUAACGAAUGCAUUUAGACGUACGUGCGUGUGGUACUCGCAAUCCGACAACCCUUGCUAACAAAUGAUUAUAACUCGCAUAAAGAGGCCGUUAUCCAAUCGUUUGUAGCAAUUUAAUUAAUUAUAAGAUGGACAGUACGAUAUACAAAGUAAGUUUCUGCAGAGCACUUGCGACACACAAAGCGUCUAUUCAACUCAACUCUUAGUAUUUUACUCUUUAAAUGCUAGAUCGCAAGCGUGCGGACGCAACGCAUUUGGCUGUGGAUCGAAAGUAAUAAAUAAUUAUAAGAUAAUACUUUGUUACUACUUAUAAUCAGGGCCUUCAUUGUUAACACCACAAUAUUUAAACAUAUUUUCCUCGAACGUAGUAUUCAGUGCUAAAUUAUAUGAUAAAGUAGAUAAAACAUAUACAGACAGUUGCAGCCAUUAUAUGAAUAAUGCCUCGAAUAGAACAAUUUGUGAUCAAUAAUUAAGAAGAGUGAAAUCGUACAAUAAUAUAAUACUUGUUACACUUUCAUAAUGUUACACAUUGUUACAAUUAAUACGUAAACUACACAGAGAAGCAUAUUUUUUUAAGUUUCCCUCUCUUAAGCCUGUUAUUAUAAGUACUUCUAAUCCUACUAACUUAUAUUAUAUGUAUGUAAUAUACUGUCCUCUACUAUUGUUUACACCUAAGCUACCUACUUCUCUACGCACCCUACUGCACUCUCCGUGGUCCUGUUGCACUUUGUUUUGCGUUAUGCACGACCGCUUCCUCACUUUCAUUUGGCAUCGGUGGCGACAUCUAUCAGAACAUGCUACUUUACCACAUUAUACUUCAGAACGACACAGUGUUACUCUUGCAUUCGAUGUUAUCGCAUUCUAGUCAUUUCUCUUCGACGACUUCGUGUACAUACAUUAGAAUACGGUCAUAUUGACAUUUGUGCGAGCUGCGCGUGCGGCUGUUACAUUGCAUGAUUGUGAAACGGAACAAAUAGAUGUGUGUUGCAUGUGUGUACCGUGGUUAAUGGAUGUCGUACGUCAUCUUUCCGACGGGGAGGAUGUUUAAUAUUAAGAUGAGGGAAAUUGACUCUGGUGGUUGCCCCAGCAACUCCCACGUCGCCCUGAAACGCAGUGUUAUAUAGACCUCGGCUACUGACUCACGCCGGCGCCGGCGCAGAACGCGGGCACUCGUUCUACAACCGCUCAUGCAUGCUGCAAUGUGACUGCGCAGGGCUGGCAUUGCAUGUAGACGCGCAUCGCCCGGCAUGCGGCAUGUAAAACUGCAACACCGCUGAUCAAAUACAUGUCACGGCAAUAAUGAACAUAUCAGUUUGUAGGUUAUAGUUUCAACUGCCUACAGACAAACGACAAAGUCGUUAUUUAGUGUUUAAGAGCUUUAUUGUUGUAAUAGAAAUAUACGAAACAUACGAGCGUGCCUACUUCUGCGGUCAGGUUCAGUAGUUUAUUGUUCGUACAUAGAAAUAUAUUUUUAUAACAGAACGAAAGGAAAGCAGCAUUGUGUUAAAUAGGUAUCUAGUACCUACUUAGGUGAAUGUAAACCACAGUAUUUCACAAUGACAGGACAUGAAGGUAGGUAGAAGGUACCUAUAUCAGUAUUGUAAUUGCACGAAUGCACUCCUGUGUGAGAACAUGUGUACUGUUACUUAAUACGUUGGUUAACUGAUGCAAUAUUACGUAUGUAAGUAGUUGUUAAGCCAGCUGCAAGUUAAUACUUCACUGUAUUACGAGUACGCAGUAGAGUAUCGCUUCGCCUCGCGCCACCGCUACGACGAUGUCACUCUGUGCCUCCCGCCGACACAACGGUGCCUGUCUUCUGUGCUCGAACUUAUCUAACAUCGGUCUAUAUAACACUUUGCUUGUUUCACACAUACUAUUAGCAUUUACUCUUCUAAACUAACUAUGUGAACGAUGUUGGCUUUCGUAUUAUCUAUAGUUACUUAUAUCUUACGAAAUUGUUAUCUAAUACGAUACUGACUACUUUAACUAAUCUUUAAUCUUGUUUAUUGCCUUCUUAGUUACUUUAUAGUACCUAAUGUAUUAAUCUAGAAUACUAAUAAUUAUGUAUAAGUCAGUUUCAAUUGUAAUACGAGACGAGAUUAGACUAGUUACCCACAAUAUUAUAACUAAUGUAAAGAGCUUGAUAAAGCUUUAUAAAGAAGAGUUGUGAAUCGAACAUGUGGCCACGUAACGUUAGAACAAAGAUUAGCGUAACUGCUUUGACUGUUAAUAACAAUUAAGUUUAUUAAGGAUAUUCACUAAACUUAGUGAAGUGACAUGUUUCUGAAUCAUGGGCUAUUCAUUAAUUAUAAAAUGAAAAUUGCUUUUAUACGAAAUAUAAUAAAUAAAAAUGGUUGCAAAUGCUCUAUUCAGAGCUCUUUAGGGUUAUAAAAUUAAAGUUAAUUGGCGUUAUUGUAUUGCUAAAUAUAUCUAGCAUAAAUUCACAAUACUGUUGUGUGUUCAUAAAUGAAUUGUGCCAAAACAAUUCUGGAUCAGGCAUUAGCAAUAAUCAUCAAUCAAGUUAUUCCUUUAGGAGUCCGAAUAAAAGCCCAAUUUCGAACGGUCAGCCAACCAAAUGAAUGAUAUCGGAGAAGCCCGGCGCGUCACUACAAUUAACAGUCACUGCUUGGAUCAUGGUCAUUUCAUGGUAUAAAGUUAACGAAUACACGGUAUUAUUUACUUGUCAUAGUAUCAUUGGAGUACAUACGUAUAUUUGUAGGUGAAUACAAUAGCUGUGCCAUUGUGCCUCCUCGCUUAGAAUUUAGCGUUUAGCUAAUUAGCACCGUUACAGAAAUAUUCCAAGAGAAUUAUUUUAUUUAUCAUAAAAUAAAGUAAUAGUGAAGUACACAAAAAUAAUCGUUCAUCACAAUAACGAUAUCAUAAGUAAUCGAUUAGAGUAUAAGUAGAGUUAGCGAUACAGUGAUUUGUGAUAUUACAAGAUACUUAUCGAGAUUUAGUACAACGUCCUUUAAUUUCAAAGUUUUUAUAGUUAUUAACUUUAGUAACACGAAAGAACACCAAGAUAGUUACCAAAUAAAUACUAAAUUAUUAUGUACUUAAUAGUUAAGUUAUACUAUAGACAAGGUAUAUAGUUCGGGACCUCGACGCAAGAGACCCAGCAAGAGAUUCAUCUAUAUAAUUAGAUAUAGAUAAACAUAAUGCUAAAUUUGAAGUUGCCUAUAUGCAAAUGAUCACUUAGCAGGGGACAUUAGAAGCGCGAUAUAUUAGUCAUAUAGAUAGUGAACGAAUGGCCUGUAAAAUAAACUGUUUGACCUACCUCGACGCAGAGCAAUCUAAAGCAAGGAUACAUUUUAGGAAUAAGGGAACAUUAAGGAAUAUUAUUUGCACUUCAAGAGAGUAGUACAUUAUUAGAUCGUUAUAGUUUCAGACUAAUUAAAUGAAUAAAUGUAAUCUAAUAAAACUGAGCUUCCGAUUGUUGAAUGCCUAAUACCUUAUCACGGUUUUGACCGCGCGAAUACAAUAAAAUGCAAUAAUAGAUAAAUAAACAGAGCAUAUAAAAGUAAAUUAAUGAAAUAAUAAUCACAUACCUACUACACUAGUGUAAGAACACAUAAAAUGAUGUGCAAAGUACUUAAGUGUAAUAUCUACAUAUAUUUUCUAUUAUUCUCUUACAAGUAAUGUGUAAAUUGAUUACCCUGAAGGAGUAAAACCCCGAUAAAUGAAUAGGUAUUGUAAAUAAAUUAAUUUUGAUAGAAUUAAAUUUAGUGAAGAUGUCUUAGUUAACACGUAUCGUCGAAUGUUUCAAAUCAAAUUAAUGUUACUUUGUGUAUAAAGAUUGUAUUGUCGAUAAACUGUUGUGAUUGUUAUAAUAUAUUUGAAGUUGCAUUUUCAUUAUUAUAAGUAGAAGUAUAUUUUCCAUAGUGCUGCCAAAGAUAUUUAAUAUUAUAUUCUAGAUGUAGUAACGUUGUUUACAUAACAGAAUAUUUUGAGGUUGUUCGUGAAUUUAUGGAUUGUAUUUUGAUGUGGUCGACGAAUGUAAUAACACUGUGUACGUGAUCUAUUACAUCACCAAAUAAAAGAGAAUUCAUACGAGAA